GUUGCUGACGUUAGACUCUGUAGUUAGUGAAAUAAGUUACGAAAAUCAACAAUUGCAACAGCACAAUUAGUGUACUAUUAAUGUCGUCGGCUGCUUUUAAAUAGGAAAAAGCAUUUUUGUGAUAUCUGUACUUACAUAUUAAAUAAAUAGCUUAAGCACAAUUACUAUGCAUCGAAAGUUACUCAAAACAGCUUGGAAUUGUCAAAUUUUAACUAAACGUUUUUAUGCAAGAUCACUCAUUAGAGUAAGAUUUGCACCAAGUCCUACAGGCUAUUUACACCUGGGAGGCUUACGAACAGCUUUAUACAAUUAUCUUUUUGCUCGUUCAAAUAAUGGAGUUUUUAUUCUAAGAAUAGAAGAUACUGAUCAAACUAGAGUGGUGCCUGGAGCAGUAGAACAACUUCGAGAUGACUUGAUAUGGGCUGGAAUCAUUCCAGAUGAAGAUCCUAUCAGAGAGGGUCCUUUUGGGCCGUAUAUUCAAUCCAAACGAUUAGAACUUUAUCAAGAUCAAAUCAAAAUAUUGUUAGCUAAUGGCUCUGCAUACAAAUGCUUCUGUUCAGAACGCAGGCUGGAUAUGCUAAGAAAAAAUGCUCUUAAGGAACGACAAAUUCCAAAAUAUGACAAUAGAUGUAGACAUUUUAGUGAUCAAGAAGUAAAAGAAAGACUGAAAAGAGGAGAGAGUUAUUGUGUUAGAUUCAAGCUCACUCCAACUCCAGAUCCUUUCAAAGAUAUGGUUUAUGGGGAUGUUACUUAUAAUGUUGCUCAAAAUGAAGGUGAUCCAAUUAUUCUAAAAAGUGAUGGUUUUCCAACAUACCAUUUUGCUAAUGUUGUUGACGAUCACUUCAUGGAAAUUUCACAUGUACUGAGAGGAGUAGAGUGGCAGAUUUCAACUCCAAAACAUCUGCUUUUAUACAAAGCUUUUGGAUGGAAUCCUCCUCAGUUUGGUCACUUACCUUUGAUAAUGAAUGCAGAUGGUACAAAAUUAUCAAAAAGGCAAGAUGACAUUAGAGUAGAACAUUAUAGGAAAUCAGGAAUUUUUCCUGCAGCCUUAAUUAACUACAUUACAACUGCUGGAGGAGGAUUUAAUCGUGAAACUGCUAUUACUCAAUGUUAUAGCUACAAAGAUUUAAUUGAACAAUUCGAUAUUAAUAGAGUAAAUGUUCACUCCAGUAAAUUGAAUCCAGAUAAAUUGUUGGAAUUCAAUAGAUUAGAGAUUUCAAAUCUUUUGUCCAAUGAACGGAAUCAUAAGUUUCUUAUUGAAAGGCUCGUUCAGUUGAUAAAAGAAGCUGUCCCAGAAAAGGUUUCUCACUCGAGCUUGCAAUUAGACCCAGAGCACAUAAUAUCAACAUUGAAAUGGGCCCAAAACAGAAUUAAUAAGCUCAGUGACCUAGUUUCAGCCGAUUUGAAAUUUUUAUGGGUAAAGCCUGAAAAUAAUGAUAAUUUCAAGAAUCUUAAGUAUUUGGAAUCAAUUGAAGUUUUGAGCAAAAAACUUGAAAAUAUUGACGAAAAUAAUUUCUGUCAAGAAUCUUUAAAAAAUUACCUUCGCGAAUUCGCUAAAACAAAUAAUGUUCCUUUUUCUGAUCUUAUGAAAACAUUGAGGAGCCUUUUGAGUGGUUUGAAGGAAGGUCCAAGUGUGGCAGAAAUGAUGGAAAUCUUAGGAAGAGAUGCUACUUUGAAUCGUUUAAGAAAGUCUGCGUCUUAAUGUAAAAAUAUUAAAAAUGAACCAUAGAUGUACAUAAUUCAAUUUAGUUAGGACUUGAUGAAAUUCUUUUUCAAAUAGAUUUUUCAAUUCAAAUUGUUUUAUUGUUGUACAGAUAAUUUGUUGAUCUGCAUUGUAUGAUAUUGAAAUGCUGUGAGUCAAUUGAAUCGAGUCAUUCCGAAACUAGGAAAUUAGACAUGCGCGCUGCGCAUAAUUAAUUUAAAAAAAAUAUGAUUUUUAAAUAAAAUGACAAAAGACAUACUGCGUCGAAAAA